AUGGGAAAUAUUUUUGGAAGGCAUCGCGCAUCUAAAGUUCCUGAAGUUUCACAACAUGACCUUGCCGUUUUGCAAUUGAAAACUCAGCGCGACAGAAUGAAACAAUAUGUUAGACGAAACGAAAAACAAAUGGAAAGAGAAAAAGAAAUCGCGAAAAAACUAAUUAAAAUGGGAAAAAAAGACCGAGCACUUCUUUUAUUAAAAAAGAAACGUUAUCAAGAGAAUAUAAUUGAGCGUACGCUUAAACAGCUUGACCAGAUUGAUAUGAUGGUUAAUGAUUUAGAAUUUGCUGCAAUAGAAAAGCGAGUCGUAGAUGAAUUAAGAAAGGGUAAAGAAGCUUUGGAACAGAUUAAUAAAAUGUUCUCGUUAGAUGAUAUUGAAAAAAUAUUGGAACAAACUGCAGAAGCUGCUGAAUAUCAAGAGGAAAUUAGUAAUCUGCUGAGUGGUAAAUUAAGUGAAACUGACUUAGAAGGAGUCGAGAAUGAAUUACAACUAUUAUUGGAAUCUGAAAAAUUCGUGCUUCCUGAAGUACCAACCAAUGAUUUACCUAUAAAAGAAUCCAAACGAGAGCAUGUUCGUGUCGAGCGACAACAAAAAAUUGCAGUGGAAGCAGAUUAA